AUGUCUGACUCAAAGAAUAGACUUCAAGUCCUUCCAAGUCGUAUGACUUUGUCUAACAUGAAAAUUCGUUUGCAAGGUGCCAAGAAGGGUUACAGUUUAUUAAAGAAAAAGUCUGAUGCUUUGAAUAUUAAAUUCCGUUCCAUCUUGAAGGAUAUCAAGGAUCAAAAGGAAGGCAUGUCGGAUAUGUUCCGUAAAGCCUACUUCUCACUUGCUGAAGCUCGUUAUAAUGCUGGAGAUAUUUCAUAUGCUGUGAUUGAAAGUGUUAAAAGUGCUGCUACAAAAGUCAAGAUGCGUACAGACAAUAUUGCUGGUGUUACUUUGCCAGUUUUCCAACAAGAUGAUAGUUCACAAAGUGAAGAAGGAAUGACAUCAAUGAUUUCACGUGGUGGUGAACAAAUUCAAAACUGUAAAUCCAUCUUUACUGAAGCACUUCAAAGUCUCAUCAAACUUGCCAGUUUACAAACCAGUUUCGUUACACUCGAUCAAGCAAUCAAAUUAACAAAUCGUCGUGUUAACGCUUUGGAAAAGGUUAUUCAACCAAGAAUUCAAAAUACUAUUAGUUAUAUUAUCAGUGAAUUGGAUGAAUUGGAAAGAGAGGAAUUCUUUAGAUUGAAGAAGAUUCGUAACAAGAAGAUCAAGGACGCUCAAAGGAAACAAAAGAUUGCUGAUGAAUUGAAGAAGUUGAAUCCAACAUCAUCCGAACCAGUUCAUCAAACCCAACAAAAGAACGUUUUGGAUACAUUCGAUGAUGAAAUUGUUGUGUAA